AACGUAAUUUUUACUAUUUUGAAAAUUUUAAAUAGCCGCCAUUUCUAAACUAAUUGACCGAUUUUGCUCAUCUUUGAACUCGUUCAAGGUAAUUACUCAAAGAAUACGUGUACCAAGUUUCAUAAAGAUCGGUUGAAGACUUGUGCAGAUAUCCUGAUUACAAGGUGAAAAUUCCACCAUGAGGACUAGUUAGAUGGCAAUAAUUAAAUUUCUAACGAAAUCUACCUUAAAACCAAAGUGCUCGUGAAGAAGGCUCAGGUUUGAAAACCCGAAAGAAUGUAAAUUCAAUGGAAGUAGUGGAGUAGACGGAGGAAGUAAACAUAAAGGUAAAGCUAAAGUAUACGAAUAAAUAAUAUAUAAAGGAACGAAACUGGCACGAUGUCCGGGGCGUCCAAUGGGCAGGUCUCUAUGUAUGUAGGUCAUCGUCUAACUGUUUCACGUACCGUUUCAAUCCUCAGCUACUCCCUCGUCAUUUAUAUCCCGCUUAUAACGUCUCUUUUAUGCCUGGUUCAACUGGUAACUCUUCUUGUUCUUGGUCUUGCUCUUGGUCUCGGUCUCGCUUUUGGUCUUGUCUCUUUUUCCACUGUCACACGUCCUUUUCUCAAUCUUUUUUCACUUAGUUUACCUCUCAUUUUUCUUCAACCACUUCCUCUAUCUCAGGUACCUCCACCUUCAGCUCCUUCUAUUUAGUCGCAUUUGCUCUCCCUCUCACCCGGCGGCAAUCAGCUUCGAAAGCAACGGAUGCACUACUCCCAGCUCAGUCGUCUUCGACAGCUUACCAAGGACGCGUAAUCUUACCCGAGUGUCUUCUAUUUCUACCGAUCCAACGAGUCGAGAAUAAAAGUAUCCUGAGGAUGCUUCCGCUCGUACACACGUCAAUGGACUUUUAAUUACCUGUGAUUCAACAUUUUUGUUUUAUACUUACACGUAUUUAUUUAUUUAUUCAUUUACAACAGAUGAUGGCGAGUCACUUGAGAAUGUUGAAAUUGUCAGCAUUUUUUCUGGGAAUUACCUUAGUCGCUGGAGACUCAUUGAUGGGUGGACACUUGGACAAUAAAAAAUCAUCAUCGGAAACCGGAAAUUCGCUACGUUAUAGAAUUUUGAACGGUCCCUAUGCUUUUAAUGGCGGGCAACCGUUCUCCCUGGAGAAGGAUCCCGUUACUGGUCAAAUCGACUUUAAUAAAGCGCCGCCGUUGACGGCAUACAAUUAUACCGGUUCGUAUGAUAUUAACAACACCGAGAAUGAAGAUGAUGAUGAUAAUAACACCAACAACAAUGACAGUAAUAAUGAUGACAGUCAAACGGAAAAUGAAGAAAGCGAGAAUGGCCAAGAGGAAGCCAAUGACACACAUUCAGCCUCAGACGAUGAAGAUCAACAAAUUCCAAAUGAAAUAAACCCUUACUCUCCGAGUUUUCAUGACUUUUUAAACCUACCUGUUCGGUAUUCUGACCACGAAAAAUAUCACAGCGAUAAAUACCCACUUAUAUCCAGCUCGUAUGCCAACACAAAGGUUCAAGGCGGCAGCGGGAACUCGGCUUACAACGCAUACAUUAUAAAUAAUCAUAAAAAUUAUCAUGCCGGUGGCGAGGCCUCGACUUCCCAGUCGUAUUCAAUGACCCGCAAGCCUUACGUACCGAGAAUCACCACACGGAGGCCAAAUACGACUGUCAGGACAACUCCGUCAACUUCCACUACUAUCAAGCCCAAGCCAAUCAUCAGAACUACAACAACAACAACUACUACGACUACUACAACUACAACACCUAGACCAACGACUACAACCACCACGACCACUCCAAGUACAACCACUAAAAAACCGACCACUGAACCAGUUACUACCUGGAAGCCUUCCAAGUUACCACCCAUGAUUAACAGGUAUGACAUUGAUUACGGUGAUGCAUUAUUGCCGAUUGAAAAAAUUCAAAAUUCAGCACCUGGUAACAGAGAGGAAAUAUUAAUCCACGAUCAUAAUGACAAUAACAAUGACAGUGACUAUGAAGAUCACUACGAAGAAUAUUUUAUGGUUGAAUCUACUCCAAGAACAAGUACGUCUACUUCUACUACUACUACUACUACUACUACUACAACUCCUUCUACAACUACGAUGACAACUACAACAAGUACUACAGAGGCUCCAACAACCCAGACGACACCCAAACCAACUCCAAGACCAAGUUCUGAAAAUCUAGAACCAAAACGACCUGUCCUGGUAAAUAAUGUCAGCGAGGAAGGAUACAGAGAAACUAAUGUUGAAAUGAACCGUCCGCAGUUGAUAAGUCUUAACGGAGUUGGAGAUAAUGAUUACCCGGGUCACGGAGUGAAUCAUCCGAGUUAUUCAGGACUUGUCGUAGAAAGUGCUAGUAAUGUUAUCGUGCCGCCUGAUCAAGACACCAUAUCAUUUGUCCUAGGUAAUAAGCAGAAUGUCCAGGGUACUUACUACGCUCACGGCAGUGCGAUACCUGAGUCGCCUUACGGAGACGUAGGAUCUGUCAGGCCGCUUGAAACAGGUCACACUGUUGAUUUAUCUAUAGGACGCCCGGCGAUAGCGGCUCCUAUCGCGAAUGACGGACACCAGUAUCCUAAUCAGAUGGCUCAGGAUCGGUACGGGUCUUCUAAUGAUAACGCGCAGAAGUGGUGGUACAAUAAUGAACAUGCGGAGAAAUCACAGAGUGUCACUGAGAAAGUUAAAGAUGAUAACAUCAAUGUAGUUGCUGGGUAUCGUGUUGUAUUUCCCACCUCAGCUCCGGAAAUUUCUUCAGAAAUUUCUUCAGUUCCCAGUUCUGAGACUUUGGGAUUAUCAACUACGAUGCCUUCUCAAGAACCCGGACUCGGAGAACUCUCUGAAAUUCUUACACCACCAGCGGUGGAUGCUUCUAGACCCUUGAUUCUAGGCCAGCGACCUGACUAUCAUCAUCCGCCUUACCAUCAUUACCACCGCAGACCUGCACCAGAAGUUCCAGCUACGCAUCUACGUCUCCCGUUGGCUCCCAAUGAAAAUAGCUAUAAAAUUCGCCAAAAGCCCAGCAGCCUUCCGAACAUUCUGCCGCAAUUCCGCCCCGGGUCUCAGCGACGCGGCAGCGAGGUAAUUGGAACAAUGCUUGUGUCUAACCCUGGAAAAUACCCGUCGAGAGUUACAAUAAGAGGUCCACCGCCACAGCAACAGCCUCUACCGCAUCAUCGCGGUCCACAGCGACCAAGACCAUUACCACCAUCACCGCAUCUCCAGCCACAAUCCCAUUUACCACCCCAACUACAUUUACCUCCGCAAUCACAUUCGCAUUUACCGCCAGGACAUAUUUCACCACCGUCGGCAUAUCUUCAGAGACUGAGCCCGCCUCCACCUCCGCCAGUUCACGCACUGAGAUUGCCUACACCUGCUGCGCUGAUUGGUAAUCCAGAAAUUUAUAGUCCAGUCACGGAAAGUAUUCCUCUGUCAAAAGAUUCUCCGCAUCGUCGUAAUGGAAUCAAUAAUAACAUCGAAGGAAAGUUAGACGAACGUAAUCGCCUGGCUUUCGCAAACAAUCAGCCGCUGAAAUCUCGGCUGAAUGAUGAAGACAGUGAAAAAUUAACUGCUGAAGCUCCAGCAAUGCCUCCAAGAGCUCCGCUGUUUACUAAGAGGAAAAAUGGAAACUCUAGUGUAGCAACUCUGCAGAUGAUUCAGCACCUGGGAGCUAAAUCUUCAGAAAGUGGUGAAGAUAAUAAAGGUCAGGGUGAUAGUGAUGGUAAUCAUAAUGGUAAUGAUGAUGAUAAUGACACAGCAAAUCGUCGCGGUGAUGAAGCUCCGGUUUACGUUGUCUAUCCGGUGAAAGGUUCCAUAGAUAUAAAUGAUGACACGGAUAAUUCUGCAGACAAGCGGCCGAUGGAUGAGAGCGUUGUAAUUGGAACUCACGGGCCUCAGAGACCUUUGCCUCCAGAAAAUUUAACUGAUGAAGAUAACGAUGAGAUAGUGCCAAGUGUCCCGAGCUUGCCACCUUUGCCCGUGCGCUUGGCUUCGGAUUUCCCGUAUGCUCUCGAGAAACCUGAUCCUUCUUUAUUUAUAAAUCAAGUUCAUGAAACUCCGUUGCUUGUUCCUACGGAACAACAUGAACAGCAGACGGAAGAUGGUCCCUUUGAUGAUAAAUCAUCCAGCAAUCAAGAUGGAGAUGCAAGUAUUAAUAUUAUACCUUAUUUGCAAGAUCAUCAGCCAUUUGCUAUCAAACCCAAUGCUAUUUCGACGACUCUUCAGCUUCUUUCGGGCUCUUCUGGCUCGUUGUCGUCAUCAACGUCUUCGUCUACUGCGAAUCCUAUCGCUUAUGUUUACACACCAACGAUGCGAGCUCCAUUAAGGAGGCAAAAUGAAUCUUAUGAAAGAAAUCCGAUUCUUUUGCCAUCACAGCAGCCUUCGAGUUCAUCCAGUUCUGCUCCGUCGCCGCAAAAUUUCAUGGCGCCUUUUGUAGCGAGUCUCAGUGCGGAAAUGCCUUCGAAAAAUGGAUGGAGCGUUGUAACGGGUGAUCCUUUUAUUCCUAAGGAGUCCAAUGAUAGAAUUGAUAAAAAUGAUGAAAAAAAUCAUGAGGAUGAAGUUCAUGCUCAUGCUGAAGAUAAAAAAGAUACUGAUGGGCGGAAUGGUAGUAGUAAUACGAGUACUAUGAGUUCUAUUGGUGAAGAUGAUAAGAAGAAUAAUGAAGAAAUUGAAGAUAGUAAUAAUAAAAAUAUUUUUGACUCGGAUAAUUUUAAACCGCAAUUGUUCAGUGGGUUCCAACCGAUCUUUGAAUUUCCUUCUGAAGAAAUGCCAGGAGGUAUGACGCAUGCUGAUCCUGCGAUGAUGGAAAAACCAAGAGGUACUAAAUUUGAUCAUUGAUUUAAUUGGUAUCAGGUGUCUUGAUCCUCCGACAAAAUAU